AUGAUUUACACGCUCGUAGUUCACCUGCACGCCAAGGAGGGCAAGGAUGUCGAAGAAAAGACUCACAACAAGUUGGUCGAGGCCUCUCAGACCUAUAUGAAGGACGCCGAGGUUAUCGGCUGGCAUGUCAUGCAGGACCACGUUGACACUCGCAAGUGGACUAUCGUGGAGCGCUACGAGCGCGCGAGCCAGAGCCUGAAGAUCCACCAGGCGAACCCUUACUACGCCGAGUUUGGGGCCUACAUGGGACCCCUUCUUGACCAGGCACUGGAGAUCUACCAGUUUAACGAGCUAGACACGAGCAAGCCCGUGCAUGUUGAGUAA